GGAACCGGAAGCAGAACUGGAGCCGGAACGGAAGCGGGCCUUGGCGGAGCGGUGAAGCCGGGCCUGAGCGCCAUGCGCUCGGACGACGAGGGCUCCCCCCCUCGGUCGGGGUGGGAUUGGAGCUGCCCACGCGUGCGGCGCCGCGUGGAGGAGCAGCACUUCGGCCCCGGGGGGCUCCUGCCCUGCAGCCCUGAGGACAUCCACAACUUCUGGGCCUUCUUCGAGCGGCUGCGACGCUUCCAGAGCCGGAAACCCCCACCAGCACCGACCCCAAAAAGCCCCAAGCAGAACCCAUCCCCACCUCUGGGUCUCCCACCUCGCUACGACCCUCUCCAUCGCAUCAACAUAACCCUACCGGAACCCCAAACCCAACACGGUCCUUCCAUACCCCGCCGGCACCGCGCCGAGCUGCGCUGCGCCCUUCUCCACUAUUUGGACUUCACCCAAAAGCAGAGCUUCUCCAAACUGGCCAAAAUCAGGCAGGGUCGCACGGCUUUGCCCAUCGCCCGCUUCCGUGAGCCCAUCCUGAGCGCCGUGGGGCGGCACCGGGUGGUGUUGGUGGCCGGAGAUACGGGCUGCGGGAAGUCCACGCAGGUCCCACAGUUCCUCUUGGAGGCCGGGUACCAAAACGUGGCCUGCACUCAACCCCGCCGCAUCGCCUGCGUCGCCCUGGCCAAGCGCGUGGCCUACGAGAGCCUCCGGCAGCACAGCGGGCAGGUCUCCUACCAGAUCCGUUUCGACACCACCCGCUCUCCCUCCACCCAAAUCCUCUUCCUGACCGAGGGGCUGCUCCUCCGCCAGGCUCAGAGGGACCCCCAGCUCUCGGGGUACCACGUUCUCAUCAUCGAUGAGGUCCACGAGAGGCACCUCCACGCCGACGUUCUGCUGGGGGUCCUUCGGCGUCUGCUGCCCACCCGGCCCGACCUGCGCCUGCUGCUCAUGUCUGCCACCAUCAACAUCGAGCUCUUCACCCACUAUUUUGGGGGGGCUCCCGUGGUGCAGGUGCCGGGCAGGAGUUACCCCAUCUCGGUCAUCUACACCCCCAUCCCCAAGGAGGAACAGGAGGUGACCCCGAGCCGAUGGGAGCGCCUGGACCCCCGACCCUACGUGAGGGUGUUGGAAUCCAUUGACCAACGCUACCCGGCGGAGGAGCGUGGAGAUCUGCUGGUGUUCCUGAGCGGGGUGAUGGAGAUCGGGGUGGUGAUGGAGGCAGCUCAGGGCUACGCCGAGAGAUCGGGGCGGUGGGUGCUGCUCCCCCUGCACAGCGCUCUGCCCGUCACGGAGCAGGAUAAGGUGUUCGACGUCCCCCCUCCUGGGGUCAGGAAAUGCAUCCUGGCCACCAACAUUGCUGAGACCUCGGUGACCAUCGACGGCGUCCGCUUCGUGCUGGACUCCGGUAAGGUGAAGGAGAUGAGUUACGACCCCCAAUGCAAACUGCAGCGCCUGCAGGAGUUCUGGAUCAGCCGGGCCAGCGCCGAGCAGCGGAAGGGCCGGGCGGGUCGGACGGGACCGGGGCUCUGCUUCCGCCUCUACUCCGAGUCCGACCUCGAGGCCUUUGCUCCUUACCCAGUGCCAGAGAUCCAAAGGGUGGCUCUGGAUUCCGUGGUGCUGCUGCUGAAGAGCAUGGGGCUGGGUGACCCCCGCUCCUUCCCCUUCCUGGACCCCCCCUCACCCUCCAGCCUGGAGUCAGCCCUGCGCUACCUCCACGCUCAGGGCGCGUUGGACGACACCGAAGAGCUGACGCCCAUCGGCACACUGCUGGCACAGCUCCCCGUCGACGUGGUCCUGGGUAAGAUGUUGGUGCUGGGCUCCCUUUUGGCUCUGGCCGACCCAACGCUGACGGUGGCGGCGGUGCUGAGUGUGCCAUCGCCUUUCCUCCGCCUCUCGGACCCCGAACGCGCGGCGGCACGGCGGGCACUGGAGAGCCCCCAUGGGGACCCCCUGACGCUGCUCAACGCCUUCAAUGAGUGGGUCAAGGUGAAGUCGCGCCGUGCCGGCGGUUCUCGGAAGUGGUGCCGACGCCGCGGGUUGGAGGAGCACCGACUCUACGAGGCUGCCAACCUACGGCGCCAGUUCCAGGAGCUCCUCCGGGACCACCACCUCAUCGACCCCCCCCCCAACGACCCCCGGACCCCCACCCAGCGCCGGGAACGCCGCGCUCUGCACCGCCUCUACCGCAGCCACGGCGGCACCGCACCGCGACCCCGCAAAGUGCUGCGGCUGCACCACGGCACCGCCGCCUCCUCGGGGGGGGAGGAGGAGGAGGAGGAGGAAGCGGGGGGGUCCGGGGAGCACAGUGUGGACAUCCAGGACGUGAAGUUCCAGCUGCGGCACGACGUGGCAGAGCUUCAGGCUGCAUCCAACUCCGUCCUCAGCACAUCCCACCUCUCCCUGCUCAAACUGGUGCUGUGCAGGGGGCUGUACCCACAGCUCGCCAUCCCCGACCCCCUCAACGACAGCCGCAAGGAUUCCGACCAGAUAUUUCACACCAAGAGCAAGCAGGGUGUCGUGCUCCACCCCACCUGUGUCUUUGCCACCAGCCCUGAGCUGCUGCAUGGCCGGGAGCGGACGGAGCGCGGCACCGAAGAGGACGGGCUGAGCUGCCACCACCAACUCCUUGCCUUCGUCUCGCUGCUGGAGACCACCAAGCCCUACCUGGUCAACUGCAUCCGUGUCCCCGCGCUGCAGACCCUCCUGCUCUUCUCCCACUCUCUGGACACCAGUGCUGACUGCACGUUGCUGGUGGCAGACCAAUGGUUGGAGCUGCUCCUCCCGGACCCCAACUCAGCACUGCGGCUCCUGGGGACCGCGCUGCGGCUCCGCGCUGCCUGGGAGCACCUCCUGGAUCAGCACUUGGGGGGCAGCAGUGGGGCAGAGCCCGGGGAGCGGGAUGCGGCCAAGCUGAGACGGGGGCUGCUGGAAUUCCUGCAGGAGAAGGUCCCAUAUCGCCUGCGUCAGCUGACAGCUCUGCAGCAGCGCUCUCUUUACGUCGGACCCCAAACGGUGACGGCGACCCCACAGCUCCCAGGGCUCUUCCAGGGGAUGGAGAUGGAACCCCAUGAAACGAAGGGCGGUCACCGCGUGACCCAAUUCCUCACCUACAACUGCCUGGCGACGGAUGCAGACCUUUACAAUGAGUGUCUCCGGAGCUUCUGGACGUGCCCCCACUGUGGGGUCCACGCGCCCUUCACCCCCAUGGAGCGGGUCUGCCACGAGAACGCGUGUCGGCCGCCGGACGCCCCCCAAGAAGAGGAACCCCAGAGCUGCCCCCCGACCUCAGCCCUGCAGCGGCCGUACCACUGCCAUGAGUGCCAGCGGGAUUUCUCCUUCACCCCCACUGAGAUCCUCCGACACCGCAGGCAGCACCGCUGAUGGGAGAAACCCCAAAGGGAUUUGGGGUACUCCGAAAACGAAACGAUUCUCUUCGCUUCCAGCGCGGAGCGGCAGCGUUUCUCCCCUCCCUCCGAGUUCACCUUCACGGCUCUCAGGCCGCCUUAACGAGGAGAUGCAAUUAAUGGAUUCGUGGUGGCGGUGCUGCUCAUCAACGCGACGUGUGACAUCGGUGCGACGCGGGCGGACCCCCCCAUGGCCCCGCUUUGGUGGUCCUGCAGAGCCGAUGCGGAGAAAUUCGGUGUUAUUGGGCACAUCCCAUCCCAUUCCCUGUCCCCAAUCCCUCAUUCUGUUCCAUUCCCUGUCCCAUUUCCAUCCCAUCCCCAUCCCAAACCCCAAUCCCAUUCUCCAUCCCAUUCCCCAUCCCCAAUCCCUCAUUCCAUUUCCAUUCCCCAUCCCAUUUCCAUCCCAUUCCCCAUCCCAUCCCAGUCCCCUUCCCCAUCUCAAUUCCAUCCCCAUCCCAUUCCCAUCCCAAAUCUGUUCCCCAUCCCCAAUCUCCCAUCUCAGUUCCAUUCCCCACCCCAAUCCCGUCCCCAUUCCCCAUUUCCCAUCUCAGUCCCCCUCCACGAUCCCAUCCCCACUUCCCAUUCCCAUAUCCCCAUUCCUCAUCCAAAUCUGCUCCCCAUUCCCAAUCUCCCAUCCCAGUCCUUCCCAUUCCAGUUCCAUUCCCCAUCCCAAUCCCAUCCCAAAUCCCAUUCCCACCCCCGGUCUCCCAUCCCCAUUCCAUUCCCCAUCCCAAUCCCAUCCCAUAAUGAAACAUCACCCUAUAGGGGCGCCCCACUGGGGAAAUUGGGGGUGUGUGGGAGGGGUCUUCCCUUCUUUUAGGGUCUCCCUUCCUUAAUUAGUUAACUAAAACGAUUAAAUGAAACGAGGCAGAAACAUCAAAA